AUGACUAGGGCAAAGAAUCACCAAAUUGAUCCAUCGAAUAAUGCCAUUAGACAAAGCUCCAUAACACCACAACCAUUAGAAUAUAAGCAAGUGUCCGAUUAUGAGUUAACGGUGGUUCAUGUACGAGAUGAACUACCGUUGGCAAUGGAAGAUAUAUCCGCUGAUAAUGAACAACAACAACCGCUUCCACGGAUUCCAUUGGCACACCAAUUGUUUACAGGUGAGUUAUUCAUACACGCUGAUGAACCAUUGACACCUUUGUUUUUCCAUUCACCACUGCAGCGACAAUCAUCAUCACCAACGACUCGUGGGCUACCAAUUGAAUCAUCAUCUCACUCAUCAUCACAUCAUACAUCAUCAACAACAACUCGCACUAUACACAUUGAACCAUCAUCGAAUCGUCCAUCCUCAACAUCAACCACUCGUACAACACCCAUUGAACCACCAUCCCAUCGACCAGCAUUGACAAAAAAGCAGCGGAGGAAUCGCAAACGUCGAGCCAAGCGAUAUAAUUUCGAAGUAAUUCGACAUCUUUACGAAGACAUUCAUUACCACUGGCAAACGAAUCCUCAUCGAUAUGAACAUCCACUGGGUUAA